AUGAGAUCAAAACCUUGGCCACAAAAAGGAACUGGUCGAGCACGACAUAAAUCACGUUUUGGUCCUCAAUGGAAAGGUGGUUAUAAAGUUAAUGGACCAAAAGGUCCAACAUCAUUCUUUUAUGUUCUUCCAAAAGAAAAACGUAUUGAAGGUCUUUGUACAGCAUUAACUGUUAAAUUACAUCAAAAUGAUGUUCAUUUUGUUGAUUCAUUUGAUUUACCAACUCAUCAACCAACAUACCUUCAAGAAUUAGUUGAAGAUCGUUUUUGGGGACCAUCAAUUCUUUUUGUUGAUGAUACGGAUAUUAUGCCACAUAAUAUUAUGUUUGCAACUGCUAAAACUGAAGGAUUUACAUUGAUGCCUGUUUAUGGUUUGAAUGUUUACAGUAUAUUAAAACAUACAACAUUAGUAUUAACAAUUCGAGCAUUAAAUAAAAUAGAAAAAAAACUUUUACAUGCAUUACAUUCAUAUGAUACACAAAAAGAUCAACCACCACCACCUGAUGAACCUUAA